AUGCAAAGGCGGUAAAAAUAAUGUUUGAUGUCUAAACAACUAAAUUACUGUGAAAGUUUAUGUACAGCUGUAAAAAUUGCAACUAUUUAAUGGAAAAAAUAAUAGGGAGUUUAAUGGUAAUGCAAUCGAGAAUAAGCGUGAUAAAUACGAUCCUGGUUGCUCAGCACAAGUAGGGGUGAAGGGAGAGGCAGCUUCGCACACACACCGGCGCAGAACGAGGAACGAAUUCACUCGCCGGCUCUCAACAAGAACGCGUCGACAUAUACACCGUGUUUGAACGUACUGAGGUGAUAUAUUUGUUAUUUAUCCUACGGUCGAAGGCGAGUCAAUCGUAAAAAUGGCCGGGGAAAAACGUACUCAGGAUCAAGAGGAAACUUUAUUGUCGGAAACGGUGAUCUUAAUUGACAUCGAAGGCACCACGACGAGCAUAAGCUUCGUGAAGGACACACUUUUUCCUUACGUGCGAGAAAAUUUAAAGAAAUAUAUUGAAACUAAAUGGGAGGAUGAAGAAUUCAAACAAGACUUUGAAAAAUUAAAGGAGCAGGCAAAGAAAGAUGAAGAAGAUAAAAUUGAUGGUUUUGUACCAAUUAAUGGUACUAAUGCAGAAGAAGAGAGAAAAUCACUUGUAAAAAAUAUAUUAUGGCAAAUGGAUGGUGAUCGAAAAACUGGUGCACUGAAACAAUUACAGGGACACAUGUGGCACGAAGCUUAUAAUUCUGGAACAAUUAAAGCACAUGUUUAUGAAGAUGUACCGAAAGCACUAGAAUCGUGGACAAGUGAUGGUAAAAAAGUCUAUAUUUAUUCAAGUGGUAGUGUUGAAGCACAAAAACUUCUAUUUGGACAUUCUAUACAUGGUGACUUACUUAAGUAUUUCAGUGGUUAUUUUGAUACUGAAGUAGGUGCAAAACAAGAAUCAAGUAGUUAUAAAAAUAUAUUAAAUAAAAUUGGAGCUGAACCAUCAAGCGUAAUUUUCUUAACUGAUGUUGUCAAAGAAGCUGCUGCUGCGAAAGAAGCAGGCUUAUCAACAGUUAUAGUACUGCGUGAAGGCAAUGCUCCUCUUACAGAUGAAGAAAGAGUGACUUCCACAACUAUUAAGUCAUUCUUAGAUUUAACAUUUCAAACUUCUACAAAACGACAAAAGUUAGAAACUACAGAAGUUCAAGAAAAUAAAAGUAAGAGUACAUCUGAUGUUAGUGAACCAAUGGAUACUUCCGAAGAUGUUGAAAUGAUCGAUAAAGUAGAAGCAAAAGAAGUUGUUCAAGAAGAAGCGAAAGAAUGUAUAAAAGAUCAGCAACAGAAGGAAGCUCCAGUCACAGACGUGAAAAUGGAAGAGCCAAUGGUUAUUGAUACAAAAGAUGCACCAAACGCUGAAAAGCUGGAAAAUACAGCUGAAAAGGUAGAACUUCAGCCAUCAGAGGUGAGUACAAAACUAGACACUUCCGAAAAUGUGCAAGCUGACGUGAGUAGUAACGCCGAAUCAGUAGCAAUAUCUUCAAAAGACGAUGAAAAGUCUGCGACUUCUGAAAAAGUAGAAAAGCCAAUAGAUACAGAGAAAUCUGUAGAAACUGUCCCAGAGGCAACUCCUACUGCGAAUGACCCCUUAGACGUUGGAAUGAGUGAGCCUAAAUCAAAGUCUGAAGAAGUUUCUAUUACGGAGAAUAAGACUGAAGAAUUGUCAAAUACUGCUAAAGAAACUAAAUCUGAUGACAUGAAAGUGUCAGAGGUAAAACCUACUGAAACUGCAUCAAAAGAGAAAGAUAGUAACAGUAUAAAUGAAAAAUCAGAAAAAUGUGCUAAUAAACCAGAAAAAGAAACGAAAGAGGAAUCCACUGAAAAAGUUGUAAUUACUCCUAGUAUAACAGAAACUAAAACAUCAGAAAAUGAAUCUUCGGUAAAACCUGCGCAAGAACCCGUUAAGACAGAAGAAAAACCUGCAGAAAAUGGUAAUGUACCAUUGACAAGUGUAGAAAAAAUUACUGCGCCAACGAUAACAGAGCCAGAAGCUACUAGUAGCAAAGCAGAUACAAAUACUGAAACUAAAAAUACGACAGAAGUAGCUAAAGAAACAAAAUCUGAAACAGAAACAGAAUUGACUAACGUAAAAUCCCCUAAAACGAAAGAAACAGAGGAAACAACAACGUCUGCAAACGAUGCAGAAAAACAAGUAAGUGUAGAAGCCUCGAAACAGGAAUUGACAGAGAAAUCAACGAAAGAAGAAACUGUAGCGGAUGAAACAAAAGAAACGAAUACAGUGGAUUCUGAAAAGAAAAAAUUAAAUGGUACAACACAAAACGGAGAUACAGAUGUGCCACUGUCAGAUGAUAAAUUACAGAGAAAUGGACUAAACGAGGGGUCAUCGAAUGAAGAUGUUAAUUCGUCAACGAGCGGUAGUACAUCUGCGCAAAAUGGUGAACCAGAGAGUUCCUCUGAGACUAGUGCAGAAUCUAUAAAAGUCAAAAAGGUCGUUGAUUCUGCAGUAGCCGAUGGUGCCGGCGAACCUGACGUUGUUCCCCCCGUAGUUGUAGCUGCGACGUCUUAAUCUUGUUCUUAUACAUUUUAAGAAGUCCUUCAUACAUAACCCCAACCCACAAUACUUAUCCGCAGAUAUAAACUGAAAAGUUGGCUCCCUACACCUUACAUAAAUCGUACGACGUUAAAGAUGUAAUACGUUAAUUUAAAAUACAGUUCAUAAGAUUUCUAUUUCUUCAACAAAUGUGAAGAAAGACGAUAAUGCAACAUAUACAGCGUGUUUCACGUUCGAUUAUCUUUUCUAAUGUUACAGUUUGAUAUAUUGCAUGCUUGUUGAUUAUGUUAAAUAGAAAAUUCUUUAAAAAUGUACGAACACUCAGUUCCUAUUUCACUUGCUUAAUUUAUUUCGUUAUACUUUGUUCUGCCAUUUUUGAUUUGUCUACACAAAUGUGUCUUUUUUAUAGUAGACAGAUUAUAUACCUGUUCUUAAUUUAAAUCGACCCAGAGAUAAUCGAAAAUGUCAUUCGCUGUAGUAAGGCUAAAAAGUAUUUUUGAUUUUUUGUUUUCUAUUACAUUUUACGAUGUGUAUCCUUCUUUUGCCUAAACGAAAUGUUACGGUAUGAACAUUUAUAGGAUAGCAAAUUCAUCAUAGUUGGAGUAUGCUAAAAUACCGAAUGUACUUUGUGCCAAAUGAACUAAUUCAUCAGUUUGAAGAUUUUUCUAUAAUUAUACAUAUAAUGUUUAAAGAUCUGAUCACUAUUUUAGUUUCUAACAACAAUCAGGGAACUUUGAUUAUAUAUGAUUUUAAGACUGAAUUGGUAAUGCCUCGAAAAGUCGCUGGCUUUAAGACUAUACGAUAUAAUUUUUGCAUACUCUCUUGUGUACUUAAUUUUAUAAACUGAUAGUAACACAGUGAUCUUUGAAUCAUAAGUCUACACUUACUAUCGAUAAACUGUGUUUUACAAUGAAUUUUAUUCGACUAUAUUAGAUAUAUUUUUUCGCGUUGUGAGGAACGUUGUGCGACUUACUAUAAUCUUUUUUGUUUUUUUUUUUUUUUUGCCUUUUUUGACAUUUAUUUAUCGAAACAUAUACUUCUAGCUUAGAAUGAUGUUGGCCUAUAUGCAUUGCGUAUUUCUAUAUUUUAUAUUAUGUAUCAUAAUUAACAUUUUAUCGAUAUUAAGUUGAUUUUGAGCGAUUGGAAGUUUUGUGUUGCAUUUAUUAAUGUCCUAUAAAAAUCAUGACAUUCGUAUAUGGUCAAUGAUAUGACUGUAACAUGGUGUAUUGAACGUAUUCAUUAUUUUAUUAGUUAUAUAAAAUGUAUUUAAUAUAGAACAAUCCGAUUAGAAGGAAAAACACUUCGGUUUGAAAAUUUAUUCAUUUAUUCCUACGGAUUGAUAAUGUGAACAUUUUUUCUAUGAAAUGACUUUUUUCCCGACAGUUUCUUUUCUUUCUUUUUAGGAUUCGUAAAUUAUUUUCCGAAUUUGACAAGAACUCGAUUAUUUAUUUAUUAUCCAUUCCUGCAAAAUUGACUGUGAUUUAACGAUAUGCUGAUAGACAUAGGGAAUUUAAAACAAUUCAUUUGUUAUUCACCUG